AAGUAGACUUCCUGUUUCCGGUUUGUCCAUGUGGGAAGUGUGUGUGUGUGUUUGUUAGAGAUGAGUGAAUGUGAGAACACACACACUGACAGUAACAUUAUUACAGAGGAGUUUAUAGCGUUAGAGGAUUUUAGCGCAACAGGAGCAGAGCAGUUGAGUUUUUCCGCCGGAGACACGCUGCUGGUUCAUGAGCAGGUUUGUGGAGACUGGUGGUGGGCCGAGCGGAGCGGCUGCUUCGGCUACGUUCCCUCUGCUUUCCUCCACCGACGAGUUGAAGACGUGGAAGACUCCUGGCAGGACGAGGAGUAUUUCAGCAGCUAUGGAACUCUGAAGCUUCACCUGGAGAUGCUCUCAGACCGGCCGCGUACCGAGACUUACAGACAGGUGAUCGUGAGCAACUGUGCCGCCUUGAGAGGGAAAGUGGUGAUGGAUUUGGGAUGCGGUACCGGCAUUAUCAGCCUCUUCUGUGGCCGUUUAGCUCAGCCUGCAGCUGUGUAUGCAGUGGAGGCGAGCUCGGUGGCCGAACACACUGAGAAACUGGUGAAACUGAACAGAUGCGACGAUGUCGUGACCGUAUUUCGCUCCAGAGCUGAAGAUCUGACGCUUCCGUCCAAGGUGGACGUUCUCGUCUCAGAGUGGAUGGGGAACUGUCUACUGUUUGAGUUCAUGGUGGAGUCUGUGCUCCGUGUGCGGGACCGCUGGCUGAAGGAUGGAGGGAUGAUGUGGCCAUCUUCCGCCUCUCUGAGCCUCGUUCCCUGUCAGGCCCACACCGACUACAGCCAGAAAAUGGAAUUCUGGGAAAAUCUCUACGGCCUGGACUUCAGCUGCCUGCAACCUGUUGCGCAGGAGGAGUUCUUCUCUAAGCCGAAAUUCAGCCAUCAGCUUGACCCUGAUGACUGUCUCUCCUCUCCGUGUGAUGUCAUCACUCUGGACAUGCACACACUGAGCGUUUCUGAUCUGGAGAAGAUGAGUGGAGAGUUCAGAUUCACCAUAGAAAGAGCUGGAACUCUGCAUGGCUUCGCUGCCUGGUUCAGCACAUUCUUCCGUAGUUUAGACGAGGGAGGUCAAUCACUGGAGCUCAACACAGGACCACACGCUGAGUCGACUCACUGGAAACAGACUCUGUUCAUGUUCGACGGACCAAUCAGAGUUGAGGAAGGUGACUGUGUGGGCGGAGCCAUCACGCUGCAGAGGAAUCCUAUUUGGAGACGGCACAUGUCAAUCACCAUAGAGUGGAGUAUAAAGAGGAGGAACGAUACGGCUUUCUCUGAGAAGUGGUCAAAGCGUUUCCCCAUGUGGAGGUGACCCUCGGCUCAAGAUUCAUCCAGUACAGUGCUGACACAUUCCUGCUGGAAUGUUUACUCUUAAUAUUUUUCUACUCCUUUAGACUACAAACUGAUAUUUUAUUUUAAAAAAAAAUGUUUGCUGACCAAAAAAGUGCAAAACACUCUGUUAAUUCCUGAUAUUGACUCAAUUAGUGCACUCCUCUAAUGCGUGUAACGUGUUAUGUGUUCUCAUGUGUUCUGCUCUCAGCCAAUCGAAACACACGGUUUUAUACUGAUAUUAAUGAUGACUGUCUUAUAAUUUGACCAAAAGUACUCAGUUUUUCUGAACUGAUGAAAUAAAAACACUUCUUGAUCAUGGA